AUGACUGACGUAAUACGACUUGUGAAUACUUUGCAAAUUUUGCCAGUUUUAGGAAUUGGGUUGAGGCUUUGCCUUAGGUCUGGGAUUUCUAAUGAGACAGUGCUGUGAAAUAUGCUGAGAGGGAUACACAUUUAUAUAAAAUUUACAGUAUUGCUGAUUGGACUCACAAAAGAAUUUUACACAAUUUUCCCAGAAUUCACAUGGCUAUCAGAUUUAUUUAUAAGCUAUUCAUUUCCUCUUUAUCAUUAUUUACACAUUUUCAAAGGAAAUUACAGUUCUUUUAGUGAUGAAGGUUUUUACUUUAUUUUAAUCUUGAAUCUCAGCCUAUUUUUAAUUGCAGCACUUUUAAGAUUCCUAUAUAGUUUUACUGAAGAAAAAGUAAAAGGCUUGUUUUUUUAUUAUGAAUUGAUAGUCCCUGAUAUUUUUAUUUUUAUUGUAAAAGACUAUGCUGAUUUUUCCCCUGUACAAAGCCAUCUUCAAGGGUGCGCAAUUUUGGUUACCCUAAGUUUUUGGACUGCAAUAGGAAUUAUUGCCCCUAUGAUAAUUUCUGAAGAUAAAUAUCAUUAUCGUGAAGCAGUUUAUAAUAAAUCUGGGCUGAAAGAGCAAUAUAGGUUUUGGUAAAAAUAAUGCAGGCAUUCAGUCAUAAAAAUUGAAGAAUUAUUUGUGGUGCUUUUGCUUUAUUUCAAUGGAGUGUGGCUACCUAAACAUCUCAGAGCUGUAAAAUUUAUAUAGAAAUCUGUGCUGACCGCAAUUGUGUUUUAUGUCAUAAAAAAAUGCCAGACAAUGUAUUGGCCUUAUUAUCAUAGGUUUUUAAAUAUUUUCUUAGAAAGCAGCUUUUCAGUGCUUACAAUUCUGGCAUUUUGGAACCAUUUUCCUUGGCUUUUAGUUUUGCUUGUGUAUCCAUUCGGCAAGCUUGUGCAGCAAAAAAUCUUAAAAUUGGAUUAA